CGCCGAGGCCGAGGGCGCGAAGAUCGACGCCAGCAAGAACGAGGAGGACGAAGGCCAUUCAAACUCCUCCCCACGACACACUGAAGCAGCGACGGCACAGCGGGAAGAAUGGAAAAUGUUUAUAGGCGGCCUUAGCUGGGACACUACAAAGAAAGAUCUGAAGGACUACUUCUCCAAAUUUGGUGAAGUUGUAGACUGCACUCUGAAGUUAGAUCCUAUCACAGGGCGAUCGAGGGGUUUUGGCUUUGUGCUAUUUAAAGAGUCGGAGAGUGUAGAUAAGGUCAUGGAUCAGAAAGAACAUAAAUUGAAUGGGAAGGUGAUUGAUCCUAAAAGGGCCAAAGCCAUGAAAACAAAAGAACCUGUUAAAAAAAUAUUUGUUGGUGGCCUUUCUCCAGAUACACCUGAAGAGAAAAUAAGGGAGUACUUUGGUGGUUUUGGUGAGGUGGAAUCCAUAGAGCUCCCGAUGGACAACAAGACCAACAAGAGGCGUGGGUUUUGCUUUAUAACCUUUAAGGAAGAGGAACCCGUGAAGAAGAUAAUGGAAAAGAAAUACCACAAUGUUGGUCUUAGUAAAUGUGAAAUCAAAGUAGCCAUGUCCAAGGAACAGUAUCAGCAGCAGCAACAGUGGGGAUCUCGAGGAGGGUUUGCAGGAAGAGCUCGUGGAAGAGGUGGUGGCCCCAGUCAAAACUGGAACCAGGGAUAUAGUAACUAUUGGAAUCAAGGCUAUGGCAACUAUGGAUAUAACAGCCAAGGUUACGGUGGUUAUGGAGGAUAUGACUACACUGGUUACAACAACUACUAUGGAUAUGGUGAUUAUAGCAACCAGCAGAGUGGUUAUGGGAAAGUAUCCAGGCGAGGUGGUCAUCAAAAUAGCUACAAACCAUACUAAAUUAUUCCAUUUGCAACUUAUCCCCAACAGGUUGUGAAGCAGUAUUUUCCAAUUUGAAGAUUCAUUUGAUGGUGGCUCCUGCCACCUGCUAAUAGCAGUUCAAACUAAAUUUUUUGUAUCAAGUCCCCGAAUGGAAGUAUGACGUUGGGUCCCUCUGAAGUUUUAAUUCUGAGUUCUCAUUAAAAGAAAUUUGCUUUCAUUGUUUUAUUUCUUAAUUGCUAUGCUUCAGAAUCAAUUUGUGUUCUAUGCCCUCCUUCCUCCCCUGAGUAUUGUAGAGCAAGUCUUGUGUUAAAAGCCCAGUGUGACAGUGUCAUGAUGUAGUAGUGUCUUACUGGUUUUUUAAUAAAUCCUUUUGUAUAAAAA